AUGGGGGCCACUCAGUCUCGUGAUGUUGUAGAGGACUGCCGAGACACGCCGAACCAAGAUGAUUGCGAUGCCGCCGUAAAAAAGAUGAUUAGUACUCAAUGUCUGAGGGACACCUUUUUGAAAACCACGAAUGACCCAUUGAGCCACACACAAGUCUUCAACCCUGUUUUCGUGGAGGCACUGCGCAACACUAGCUGGAAUUGGUUUUUUAGUAGGAACAAAUGUAACUAUUUAGACGCAAAAAAGAAGAACGAUGAAGAGAAUAACUUCUACGAGGAACUUCGGACUCGGGACAGAUCUCAUCUCAAGAGAAACGAGUUGGAGUAUCGCAAGGAACUACUCAUCCCCAACGCGUGGAAGGAAUCACUCAAGGUUUACGGACUUUACCUUUCCGCUAGAACUAAAUAUUACGAGAGCUUGCUACUCUUCAGGAGAAAAAUCGACAGCAUCGCCGGCAAGAUGACUCCGAGAGGUGGAGAAGCGCUCAAGGUCCGUUUCUUUGGACACGUCGGCACGGUAGAGAGACAGGAGCUAGACAACUUGAGAAGCAUAUUGAAAGACGCAAGAAGAAGAGAGGAUGAUUUCAAAGCUCAACACGUGCAACCAGUACCUGCUGCAACUUCGCUUCUCCAGUCCAGCGCCAGCGUGUCGUCAUCUAGCCCUGGGUCCACGCGAUCGCAUCAGCUUGCGUUUAGCGACCCGAUCGCGUUGUUCUACGGCGCUUUCCUGGCUUUCUGCAUCUUCUUUCUGUGGAAGUUCCUGCGCAUCAUUUGCCGCAGAAGCGGCGGUAAAACUCAUAAAACCAACAAAGAGCAAGGCUGCGCGCCCGCCAAGUCCAUCUCCUUCAAGAAAGAACAGGCGCACAUCAACUACGGGUCUGCCGCGUCUCCGAAUUCCUACACGUAUAGAUACUAUCAUCGUGUUGGAGUUUUGAGAGAAUAAAUGCAUAGAACAAAAACUACAAAGUCUAAGUCCCUCUCCGUCAUUUCACUCGUAGGCAAUCCAUUUACGAUUCUACUUUGAAGAUACCAAGUCAGACAAUCUAUCUCAAGUUUGUAACAGGCGUGCACUCGUCAUGAAAUUCUGUCCAUGUGCCAGGUUGCCACCUGUGCCAGUGCCUGAUAUGCAGUUUGGGGAAUAUUUGCAGAAGUUGUCCACCGAGUGCAAGCCAGCUGAGUCGCCCCAGUGCGGAAAAAGACCUGGAAAACAGAACGGAUUCUCGUGUACAACUACUGACAUUUUUAUAUAUCUAUUCUUACUUGGUUGGGUGAUCAUGAUGAUUACGAAUACAAAUAGAAGAUCCUGAUCUCUGGCGCAGCAAUUUUUUCUGUUAUAGGUCCUUCUCCUUCUGAUUCUCUGAUAUAUUUUUUUGCAUUGUGUUUGUGAACUCAUAUUGUAAUGUUGUGUUUGUGAAGUCAUUUUGUAAUGGACAAAAGAACCCAGGAAAUGAUUAGCCCUCUACAACAAUCGAGGAAUGUUAAUCAACGAAGUAUUAUCUUUAUCUCGAUGGGACGAUAGCGAUUACUUCCAUCUGCAAUAUUCAAACUCAGGCUUUGUUGGGAAGCAGACUGGUGUGUGGUGCCAUUCCGGGUUUUUCCUCGGAGAUUCUCUGGUUGACAAGGAAGAAACGGCUUCGAUUUUCUUCAAUAAACCACCGGGGUGCAACGUCUGCGAUAUUGUCGAGACUUUGGCAUCUUCUUCCCCGGAAGAGGUCUAAUAGAGCUGGAGAUAGCUACUCUAGGACUAGGAGAAGGAAAGCACCAUGCUGAUGUUGAAAAUAUAGAAAGAAGUAGGAAGUAGUGAGCUAGAAGUAGGCACGUACUGUAGAAGAGCAACAUCUUCAAGGCGAGAAAGAUGAGAGUACACAGAAUUUUAGAUUUAGAAGCAGACCAACAGCAACGCACAAAGUCAAAAGUAUGAUUAAGUAGUAGUUAGUAAGAACCAUGGAGGAGAGCGGAGAUUCAUUAUAAGGUGGGGAACUGAGCAAGCAGCGGAAGUGAAAAAAAAACAACAGAAAGUUAGGAGAGGAGGUAGUCACGCCAUCUUCAUCUUCAUCUUCAGUGUCCUGUCGUAGUAUUACAGUCGAGAAAGACAAGGACAAAUGAAUAGAAAAGCAAAGAAGUCCCUCACCUCCGUCACUGUAUUCGUACUCGUAGCUAAUUCAUUUACAAACUAUCACCUCCUUUAAUACAGCCAAGCAAUACAUCAAACAUCAAUCCGAAGAUUGUAAGAGGCUAUGCGUGCACUUAUCACUGUUCUGUCCUUCACCUUCUGCCAGGUUGCACUUGAUAUGCGGUUUGAUGAUUUGCAAAAAUUCUCCACCGUGUGCGAGCCAGCUGAGUUGACCCAUUGCGAAAUAAAGCCGGGAACGAGAAGACUACAGGAAGAGGAAGCCUCGCGUACUAUUGAUAUUAAGUCUACACAUCCUCCUUAGUUGAUUUGAUGGCCACAGCUAGACUCUGUUCGCUGCAGCAAUAUCUACUUCUGUUAAUAUAGUGGUCAAAGUAUGAACAAAACCCAGGAUCUCUUCGUCAGUGCCUCUAUCCAGUAGAUGAAUGGUAACCACUGAAAUAUUAUCGCUGAUUAGCUUAUCUAACUGCGAGGUGAGUGAAGUUAAAUAACCUACAAGCUAUUCCAAACACCAAGAUUAUCGCGACAACUUGCAAGCAGCCACUUCCUUCAAUUUCUAACUUCAGGCUUUGCUGGGAAGCAGACUGGUGUGUGGUGCCUUUCAGGAUGUUCUCUCGAUAAUUCUUCGGUUGAGCAUAUACGCACUACGGUUUGAGAAGAAAGAUUGCGUUUCUGUCGAUGUUGAUGAGUAUGAAAAUGGAUUUGAUUGAUCUCUGUAGCUUCUCCACGUGCUUGACAUACUAGAAGACCACUAUGGCCCAUAACUCUUAAAAUUCAUCAGAUUUUUUGAUUUUAUCGAAGUAGGUGAACGUGAGCAAUAAGUUUGCUGUAUCUAUAUGCUUGUUUCCUCUUCCUCUGCUAGUAAUCUGAUUAAUACUAGCCUACAGUGGUAAUUAUCGACAAAUUUAUUUUUUUCGAGAGGCGCGGCCGCGGGGGCUUCGUCAUUCUCAUCUUCAUAGCAUAGCCUAAUUAGCCUAAUUACAUGGUCGUCAUGAUAUACACAAUCAUAGUACUUCUAGAAGCAUAAGGAUAGGCAAAUGCCAACUAGGCCAUCGUCUCCUCAUACUCUGUGACUUUCGCAUUAAGUUUCGAAGAAGAUGCGCAGUUGUUAUGAAAAGAAGACUAAUGAAAAAUCGUACUCAAGAAGAGCAUGCAUGUCGCUAUUUAUGGUGCAUAAGCCUAUGUCAUAAGCAUGAUGAUCGUUAGUCUAACUUUUAUUAUUGAUGUUGUUUCGUAUUCAUUGAUGUGUGAUUGUUCUUGUAGUUUUGUAUUCGUGUAUUGAAUGAAAAGAUGUUGAAUUACGUACGUUACUUAACAAAAACAGAAUAUUGAAUAGAGCAAACGCAAACCCUAAGCCGCCCUUCUCAAAAAAGAUGUCAUUAUAUGUCAAAGAACGGAAACCAAACCUGAACAGGU